UAGUUUAUUACUUCAAUACAUUUUUUGGUGGAGUGAAUAAAAAGUAAAGCAAAUUGGUAAUAGUUCACCAGUUACAUCAAGUCAGUUUUAGACUUUUUCUUUAAAGUAAACUAUUAAGAAUAAUUGCGCUUUUGAGCUUUUUAGAGUUUAUUCAUUAAGUCAUAAUGAUUAAAUUAUUGACAUUAUUCAACGUCAUGGUUUUAUUUUUUCCUUCUCUAUAUGAGGGCCGUCUAGAAUUUGAAGAACGUAAUGGGGAUUUCAUUGAAAUCCAAAAUCGAUAUGAUGGACUUUUUGAUAAUCAGAAUCCAUCUCAGGAAAACGUUAAAAGCCAGAGUUUGAGUGGAAACCUCAACGAAAACCAGGGAUCAAAUGAAGGAUCCAUUGAAAACAAAAAUAUAAGCGAGGAUCUUAAUGGAAACCAGAGUCAGAUCGGAGAGCUCAUUGAAUACAACAGUCUGAAUGAAAUUCCAGUUAAAGACAUGGAACUAGAUAGAGGACUGACUGAAAACCAAGAUCUGAAUGGAACAUCUUUUGAAAGCCACAUACCAAAUAAUGGACUUUUUGAAAAUCAGGAGCCAUAUGGUGAAUCGAUUGAAAGCCAUAAUCAAAUUGAGAAUGCAAUAAGAAACCAGAGUCAAAAUGAAGAACUCAUUGAACAUUACGGUUGGAAUGAAAAACCAGUUAAAGACCUGAGACCAAUUGGAGAGCCGACUGGUAACCGAAACCUGAGUCAAGAUUUCAUAGAAGGACAAGUUGUUCAAAUCCAGAAUUCAAGUAGAAAGUCCAUUGAAAAUCAGAACCUAGGUGGACUAGUUAAUGUGAACCAAAGACCUGAUGGAGAAUCAGACCACCAGAUUUCAAAUAAACAGAUUUCCAAUGAAUGGAUGGUAAAAAUCAAGUAUCGUAAUUUUGCACUCUACGAUUCCGGUUUCUUUGUUGGACCUCGAAUAUUUCUCACUUUUUCUAAAAGUAUUCCAAGGAAUCUAACUAACCUAACUAUGGAAGUUUCCAAUGAAUUUUUAAAUCCUGAGCCAAAAUUUAGGAGGAUCCGUGUUGACUCUGAAAAAAUAUUCUACGGGUUAGAGUUGAGCAAAGAAUACAAUGAAUCUCAACGAAACUUGGCAUUGAUAAUAACCGAUGAACCAGUUAUUCCAGCAUCUGAAAUCGCUGAGAAUACAUUCGCAAAGAUUGCUUCGAAUAUCAAUGAUGUUGAUCUAACAAAUUGUAUGAUACCGACAAGGGAUACUUCGAAGACUUCAUUCUACGAUUGUCAUGUUAGAUAUCGUCAUUUUAUAAAUAAUAACACUGAUUAUUUUUGGUGUACAGUUCAUGGUAACCUUGAUGCUGUAAUCCAUUCGAGUGCAUUCUUUUGCAAAUCAAAAGAAAAUAGUAAUACUGAAUUAUUAGUUGGAUUAGCGACAAGCGGAUAUCAUACAGAAAAAGCAACAAAUAAAACCUCAAAAACUAUUAUAAACGCAUGUGGGCUUAAUAUCACUUCAAUGUAUGAUUAG